AUGUUUUACUUCCACUGUCCCCCUCAGCUGGAUGGAGAAUGUUGUCGGACUAAUACAUUGAACACCAACGGGUUUCCCAACCAUUCAUCAGCAGGUGAUUUUGAUGACGGCUUUCUGCGGAGGAAACAGCGUAGAAAUAGAACAACAUUUACACUGCAACAGUUGGAGGCUUUGGAGGCUGUGUUCACGCAGACUCACUACCCCGAUGUUUUCACACGUGAGGAACUGGCCAUGAAGAUCAACCUGACUGAGGCACGUGUCCAGGUGUGGUUCCAGAAUCGUAGGGCCAAGUGGAGGAAGACUCAGAGAGGGAGUACAGACCCCGACGGAGGUAAGGAGCAGAUUAACGAGGGAGGCCCUCCUCCGUCCAGGAGUCUGAACUCCCAGUCUCCUGUGGACCAGAGCAGGAAACAGAAGGAACCUCUGGAGAUGCAGCAGAGUAUAAACCGAGCAGUAGGUUCUGGUGGGCCGUUCUUCCCAUCCUGUCUACCAGGGACCCUCCUGAACUCAGCCACCUAUGCCCAGGCGCUGUCGCAUGUUGCCACAAUGAAGGGAGGUGGUCUGUGCUCUUGCUGUGUUCCUGACCCCAUGGGCCUGUCCUUCUUGCCCCCCUACGGUUGUCAGGGUAACCGUACAGCCAGCGUGGCAGCCCUGCGGAUGAAGGCCCGUGAGCACUCCGAGGCCGUCCUGCAGUCAGCCAACCUGCUGGGGAAUGGGCAUGGCGCUGGAGUAGGAGGCCUGCCCAGGGUCGGGGUAUCCGGGGAUGGGUUGAAAAGGCCCAGGAUGGAACCUGCCCUGGGAGUCAUAUCUGGAUCAGUGUCUGGUGUUUCUGGAGCCGUGGGGGGAGGAGCACUUACUCUCAGCCCAGGCUCCAAGGCCCCGACUCAGGGUAGAGGGUCUGACAUGCACCCCCUCUGCCCCAAGGAACCACUGAAGAAAAAGUGA